AAAAAAAAAGCGUGGAAAAGUAGUCGCCGGAAUAAAACCGGCGACCAAAUGCUGCGCGCGUUGAGCCCCGCGCCAUUCGUCUAUUUUUUCUCUGCUCUUCCUCCUCCGUCCUCUUUACCUAAUCGCAGCCUUCAUCGCUUCUCUCUAAUGGCUGUCUUUGCUCGAAUUGCCGUCGUCGGUGACGUUCAUGGGGAUUGGGAUUUACGAGAAGACACCAAGGCACUUCAACUAUUGCAGCCAGACUUAGUGCUCUUUACAGGCGAUUUUGGUGAAGAGAACGUCGAACUGGUUCGAAGUAUUGCAGAGCUUAAAUUUGCAAAGCUAGCUAUUCUGGGAAACCAUGAUGCUUGGUUUACGCCAUGCUUUUCUCAAGAGAAAAAGGAUGGUGUUCAACUCCAAUUAGAAUGUCUUGGCAAGGACCAUAUCGCUUACCGACAUGUGGACUUCCCUGAGCUAAAACUAAGCAUUGUCGGUGGACGACCUUUUUCCCAUGGUGGAAGGUUGUUUAGGAGGCAGCUUCUUUCCGCAAGAUAUGGCGUCAAAGACAUGGAAACAAGUGCGAAGAGAAUAUACGAAGCUGCGAUAGGCGCGCCCAAAGAUCAUUUGGUUAUAAUUCUUGCACAUAACGGGCCUUCUGGUCUUGGUUCUUGUGCAAAUGACAUUUGUGGAAAGGAUUGGGUAUUUGGGGGUGGAGACAAUGGUGAUGAAGAUCUAGCACAAGCCAUAUCCUGCUUGAAAGAGAACGGAAAAUUUCACGUCCCUCCGUUGGUUGUGUUCGGGCAUAUGCAUAAAGAACUCGCAUACGGCGGGGGUCAUCGUAAAAUGAUAGUCGUUGCAGUAGACAAUACCAUUUACCUUAACGGAGCUAUAGUUCCAAGGGUUCAUAGUAACUUCGAUGAAGAAGGCGAGGGAAGAACAACCUUCACGAGUAGCGAAACGUCCUCUUCCCAGCCCGUUCCAAGGCGUUCCAAGCGAGCAUUCACUGUAAUCGACAUUUCAGAUGGGCGGGUGGAUCAGAUCACUGAAAGUUGGAUCUCUGUUGUUGGUGAUGAGAGCUUGUUGAAUGAGGAGCAUUUGAUGUACAAAAGUAGCCAUUAGCUUCCUCCAAAUUGUUCAUAUCUUAUUAAACGUUUUUCA